AUGCCCACAGCAAAGCGCAGGCAGCCUAAGGGCAUGCAACAUAGUGAUAAGGUCCCAAAGCACCCUCGCCUGGAUGGGCCUUCUGGCCAGUCCUCUCCCACAUCAAUUGGUGGGCCUACCUGUUGUGAGCACUCCCAUACCCCAGACCACUUAGGACUACUCUUCUCCCUUCCUACCUCCGUCUGUCCCGUGCUUGAACUGUUAGGAAUGUCAUUUGGGCCAUAUGGUUUCAUCUGUAAGAUCAGUUCUGCUCUAGUACCAGCCCGCCUUCUAGGUGGCCAUGUGGGGCAUAAUCACCAUAAACGUAGGCUCCCAAACAGAACAACAGUGUAUAGAGAGGGCUUAGUCAAGCAUCUACUUAAGAGCCAUGGACUCGUAGCAACAACACCCUGUCCUAGCCCUACUGGUGACCUAUCUGGCCCCAUCCAAGGCCUUCAGCCACUGUGGUCAUCAAUGUGUCCGCACCCUGGCUGCUCCUUCUGGUCCUUGAUGCAGAUAUCGAGAGGUUCUGUCAAGAGUCAGCAAAUCAAUACUAGGAGUCAUGUCACUGCAGUCCAUCCCGAGCAUGCGGCCACUUAUCUAGCUGACAGUUUUGAAACUCGAUGGAUUUAUCGUCCAUUCAACAAAAUUGUGGAUUCAAACGACCCACUGGUUUCACUUGUCUGGCCUUUGGCUGAAGGGUGUACUCCUGUACUUUCUGUAGAAGAUAUACUGCCCUCCCCCUUGCAAAUCUCCUCUCAUUUUUUACCAACAACUCCUCUCUACCCCCAAUAUUCAAUUGACCUCCGGUGGCCCAACUUCAUCACCAGCUUGGGCGCACAAGCGGACUCUCUUCGUGGGCUGAUAAAGCUUAUGACUAAGAAGGAAGCACAAUCCUUGAGGGGAGCAAAAGGGCAGCUUGAGCUCGGCCUCAUCACCGUUCGAAAGCUUUACAGGUCAUAUCUAGUUGACAUCCAGACCUAUCUGUCUUCCAAAGGGGAUGUGCAGUUUCGUCAAGCAGUGACAUUACACACGAAGGCGCAUUUCAGAGCACUGAGCCGACUUUCUUACUACACCUACUCCAGACCUCUAUCUCGCUGCAUCUGUAUGCUCAUCAGAUGGAUCCACGCAGAGCACACCGGGACUUUGGCGGUAUUCGGUACUCUUCACAUUAGACGGAGUCUGGCCCAGGAGUACGCUGCUAACAUGCUCUACCAUUACCUCAUUACAACCAAGAUUCCCCGUCCUGCUGCACUUCUCCAACUUCUGCAUCAACUGCUGGUGACCCUCGUCAAACAGAAAUUUACGGACUUAGAAAUGAUGGCAUGCCCUACAGAUUACGCCCUAUGCAUGGCCUCACUGGCUGACAAUGGCGGCUUUCUCCUUGCUUCCACUGCCACCAAGACCUGUGCAGUGCUGCAGCACAACUUCUAUACCGUCAUCGUCCACUCGGCUCGGCUUGAGGACCACGGCCACCAAAGUUUCAUUCCUUUUCGUUUGGAUAAUUUCACCCUGGAUCCUGUACCGGAUACAGGUGAGGCGUCUCAGCCUAUGGAGGAGUCAGCCGCUGCUCCGGUCCCCCCGGAUGAGAGGGAAGGUGCCGAUGAUAGUGCGGUGAUUGUGCAAUUUGAGGAAGUGGAGGAAGAGUUUGUAGAUGAUCAUAACGAUGAUAUGGGCUCAGAAGAGGGAGAGUCUAUGCUACCGCAUGAAGCCGAAGGCGAAUGGGAUUUUGAAAAAGAGGAAACUUUCCAUUCUUACUAUCUGAACGGCGACACUGCAGAGAACCUAGACACAUACUAUGACUCUCAGUCUUCCCUUCCAGCUCAACGAUGUCCAGCAAAAUUUGUAUCCAGGAAUGAUCAAGCUCCUGGAUCCUCGUCUGUCUUAAACAUUUUGGCAGAAAACCUACCCUACCUUCAGCCUUUGAUCGCCAGUCACCCCUCGUUUGCCACACCGUACAAUCAAAUGAAAACUGUCUGGUUUGCCGCAAGGUUGACAGCGUUAAAAGAGCAGAGAAACUACGGGUUUAUCUUUGCUGAAGACGGCACUGCCAUUACCAUGAGAAACGGUCGUGAUAUCUCCCAUGGUAUCCUUUUUUCAGAUCUUGGGAGAUUAGCUGAGACUGCAAUAGCAGAUGUAUCAGAACAGAUAAUGGAAUGUCUUCCAGACGGCUGCCAGGGCCUUCUUCAGCAGUUUCAUGGUAUUUUCAGCCAGUUAGUGGACGACCUCAGUAGUCCCCACGCCAUUUUCCUUCAGCCUUCCAAUCGCGUUCUUCUACAGCCACUGUUGGACAUGAUGUUACAACGUCUGAUGGAUCCAGAAGAGCCUAAACAUCAUAUCAUGUGUUCUUCUUCGUUGAUCAAUGAAGAAUGCGCAAGACAGUGGCUGGAUCUCGAUGAACGAAUUCUUAGUCCAAUUAUCGUCGCCUUUCUCCUGACAUGCGGUAUUCCUCCUCGUCACUGGCAAUUUCGAUCCCUACUAUUCCAGUCAGAUAGCAGCACUGGCAGUGCUCGUAAUCUCUAUCUACUAGGCUCGGAGCUUGUUAUAGGGAAUCCGGAAGCAAAGCAAAUCAAUCAAGUUACACGAGAGUGCCUGUGGGCAUUCCCUCCUAGCCUUGCCCCACUCAUCUCGUUCUACCUGGCUAUAGUACGACCUUCUGUGAUUCAGAUCUCGGGCCUAAUUCAUCACGUCAAUCAAGCUCACCGAACACAUAUCUUUUCUCAGACAUUCAGUUCAACCCGCCUCGAAUUCCCUCACGUUUGGAAUGGUAGCGAUGUCAAUGCUGCACUGUGGGCACAUACGUCUUCCCUCGAUGUUCGGUUGACAUGCAAUCUUUUACGAAAUGCAGUCACAGCGAUGUACCAUCAGUUCUUCCCCACACUCUCGCAAUCUGAAUCCAUAGGCGCUCAACCGGUUCAAAAGGCAGGUAGCAAUCGCCAUCGACCUUCAGAACAUGUUCCCCCUGCUCUAGGGAUGUCAUUCGAACAGGCUCGGAAAUACAUAUCCUCCAGCCAUGCAUUACAAGUAUUGUAUGGGCUACGGUGUCCUAAUAAUCACCUAGCGGACGGGAAUUCGGCCAUUUUGGGUAACCUGAAGCAUGCAAGCCUUGCUUUAAAGGAAGCGAGGUUUUGCAUCCGAGAAGAAUAUGACCUAUACAAUGCCCACUUGCCUGCUAUGUCAGGGAAGGCGGCUGGCGUCUUGGAUACUGCGCCAUACAUACGUGUCAAAGAGGGCAUGAUCGGUGAUGAGGUGCUUCGGCGGGUAUUACAUGUAGUUUUAUUCGGUGAUUCGAAACCAUCUGUUUUUGAUCGUCCUCCUCCAGGAGGGUACCUGAUUACUGAUGUAUCACGCGCAGUGGUUCAGAUCAUACAAGCUAUUGAAGAGCAAGAACACGGGCUCGAGUAUGAUUUGACUCGACAGACAGACAUUGAUGCGAUCAUCCACUUCGAUGAAGUAGAGAAGAAAGCACAAACAUUUCUGGCAACAAUAAAAAAUGACUUUCCUAAGUCAUGGACUGAGCUAUGCUUCGAAGUCCAUGGGCUCCAUCAGAAGGCACCAAGCACAGGUGGAGAAAGGUGUUGGGCGUUGAGGGGUAUUCCUGGAUAA